CUCCUCUUGAUUGAUUCCCCUUGACUCGUUAACAUACUUGAAGAUCUUAUUUAUAUCUUUCUCUGUAUGUAUUUUAACGCUCUAAACCGGUUCUUCUGCUGUUGGAAUACUUGUUUCUCUAAAAAUGUAUUAUUACAAGUAGCCACAUGCUUACACCCACUGCGGGAGAGGCACUACCACUCGCUUAUUAUUAGGAAUAAAUCAAGAAACGGUUGGAUUUGACUGGACUGUUUUCAAAGUUCAAGAGUUGUUUAACACAGGAGACUUUGCCAGCAUGAACGGUGAACCGAGCGCUAGAGUCCGACCGGAGUGGAGGAGCAUGCGUGUGUCGGCUGAAUUUCUGAGAGCGUCUCAUAAGCUGACAUAGCAGGCAAGUUACUACUAUCCCUGCCUUGAAGAGUCAUGGUGUAGCCGCUGAAGUUCGGCAACACUGGAAGUUUAAUACUAGCAAAUUUAGUCACUGUGUUUGACAUACGAAGAGGACAUAUGAACUUUGACUCGACUCUCGGUGAAAAAGAAAAAGAAAAAGAAAAAAAAAACAAACCCAAAAACGCGUAAACUGAAUAACGAUAACUAAAUAACUACAAAGCGACUGUUCCACGCAUCGCCCUUGAGGAUAACACUUGGAUAUGGGAAUACUUGUUUCUGUUGCAUUCGUGGAAUGCAGCGUUUUCAAGCGAAACUGUCGUACGUGUUGGGAAAUCUCCGAACGGCACUCAAAGGAAACUUAGAGGUGAGAAAGUCCAGUGAAUAGAGGACUUAGAGGAGGAUCCACGUUUCUCACAGGCUUUUUCCAAGAUGUGACUAUGGAUGACUCAGACAGCCCCUUCUGUAAGCACAAGGAUCCCAAUGGAUUUGUGAACAGGGUAUUCAAUGUUUCCCUGGAUGUGGAGAAAGAAGUGGGUAUCAUGCAGAUCCAGGACCCUGACCAGAGGGAUCCCCCGGGGGCCCAUCCAAGCCUGGAGGAGAGGGAGAGGGAGAGGCAGAGGGAGAGGGAGAGAAUAGAGUCUGGCAGGAAGCCCAGAAAUACUGGAUUCUGGAGGAUUCUCACCCGGAGGAGAACCACUGCAGGGUGUGAGAGGCGACCUCACUCCAUGAUCCUCUCAGGAGAAGCAUCUAUCCCCAAAUUGUCCUUCGUGGACAAAGUCAGGUCUUUCAAGAAGCUCAAAUCCCCAUCUGUUUUCAAAGGGAGGACUUUCAAGCUGCAUGGGGCAAAAGGUGGUAAUAGAGGUGAACUGGAAGAUGAACCGUCAUCAUGGGACUGUUCCUCUCACGCAUACUUCCACAGAAACCCAUUCAGGAACAAAGCCAUGAGGCACUCGUAUGCUGGCAACGCUAAGGACUUUGACUGUUCAUUUGAGGACGUAGACCUCACCAGCCCAUCAGAAAAUGAACCCCAGCUGCACCGUGACGUCCAACAAUCCAGCAGUCAGAAUGGCUUUAAACCAUGGGAAGGAGAGUCCCCCACAAAGAAGGCUCACCCCAGCACCUCGAAUUGCAAUAACUCAGCUGGCCCUGAAGAACAGUCCCAGAGAGACUUCCCAAAGUCACCACAGGGCAAAAGGAAGUCACGCGGAGCUGAUGUCUGGAGUUAUCUAAGGAAAAUCUCCCUCAUGGGGAAAGGCGCUUCCAGCUUGUCAGAGAAGAGCUUUGACUCGGAAUUCCACACAUUGGACAAGACAAUUGAUUCAGAUUGUGCUUCCACUGACUUUGAGUGUGUCAGAGAUUUCAACCCUCAGCCUAAACCAGCAGUCCCUGACAGCAAAAGCGGCCAUUUUAGAGGCCUUUUUCGAAUUUUCAGCAGCGUGGCUGAGACAGCCAGGAAAUGGCGAAACUCGUCUCGGUCCUUCUCCCCUCCCGAGGGGGAGACAUCCCCUGUGGGUUCACCCGUCUCUCAGAGGGGGAAAAUUUUCCAGGGUGUACCUUUAAAUUCUAAACAUGAGGACAAAAGUGUGCUCCCCACUUCCUUGUCACCUGACUCAGGUUUAUGUGACGCUGUGUCAUGCGCUAGUCUGACUGAAACAGAUUCUCCCCAGGUGGUCCUUAAAUCAUGGAAAGUGUGCCUGGACUCCUCUGGUCCCAGUGGUCACCUGUUGGACUCCUCUGCUGGUGAGGAAACACCGCUGAGAUCACCUUGCACAGUCACAGCCUCCAUGAAAAGACAGAGCAGGCAUGGGAUUCCAGAGAGGAGGAUUCUCCUUGAUGUGGAAACUGGGUCAGACUGCAGCCCUGUGCAGGAAGCAGGAAGUGGAGGAAAUGAUGUGGAUUCCGACGAUGUCUCUGUCUCUUCUACUGCAAGGCACAGUCAGGGGAACCAGAGGAAUGUGGGAAAUAAAGAAGCCUCCACAGUUGCAGACACAUGCUCAGAGGCAGUUAAGGAUCUGGAGACUGGCUGUCGUUUAGAGAGAGCGGGUCCAGCUGACCUCAGUGGUGGCACAGUGUCGGCCACCCCCCCUAAAUGGCGGAAGCGCCGCCCGGCGUCCGUCUACACCUUGCUGUUGAGCCUGCAGUGCCCAACCCUUCAGGAGGGGGUGGUGUCUUCGGGGCAGGAUGGGGAAGAGUCACAUCUGUGGAAAUUGCGGGCUGGCCUCGGCGCUCAGCCCGGAUCGGUGACUGGAAGACCACUGGUGCGCAGGAGGCCCCAUUCUGUGAUAGAUGGAAGUGUUCCCGCUGAAACAGAACCUCUGCAUCCUCUCAGACCUGUCUCUCGUCCCCCUGGCCUGUCCCCACGGGACCCUCCUUUCAGAGCUACUCUGCAGAGGUGUCGAUCUCUCCCUCUGUCCCAGAGCAUUCCCUCCGGUCUGGAACAGACUGGAUUGAGACAUGCACUACUGCAGUCAGGAGACUCCGCACUGAAGCUCCAGUCAGAGACAUCCUGGCGAUGUGUUGGGCACAUGGGUACAACUCGGAGGAGGUUGCUUAGGCCUGGGUCCGAACAGCUGCACGUCAACAUGUUGAUUAGUGGAGGUUCAAUCGUCAACGCUGAGGCAGUAUGGGAUCACGUUACCAUGGCCGACCGAGAGUUGGCAUUUAAGGCAGGAGACGUCAUCAAAGUCCUGGAUGCUUCCAACAAGGACUGGUGGUGGGGACAAAUCGAUGAUGAAGAGGGAUGGUUUCCUGCCAGCUUUGUGAGGGUUGAACCACACCCUCCUCAACCUCAAACAAAACAGGUUUUCUAUAUCAACCCCAUAGCAACUCCUCGGUUCCAAAACACAGCUUCAAAGCUAUGGGUGAACCAGGAAGAUGGUGCCGCAGAGCCAGCAGAGGGCACCAGCGAGGUACAGAAUGGCCACCUGGACCCCAGCAAUGACUGCCUCUGUGUAGGCCGGCCACUCCAGAACCGGGACCAGAUGAGGGCCAACGUGAUCAAUGAAAUCAUGAGCACAGAGAGACAUUACAUCAAACAUUUGAAGGACAUCUGCGAGGGUUAUUUGAGGCAAUGCAGAAAGAGAAGAGACAUGUUUAAUGAUGAUCAAUUGAAAGUCAUAUUUGGAAAUAUUGAGGACAUCUACAGAUUUCAAAUGGGGUUUGUUCGAGACCUGGAGAAGCAGUACAACACUGAGGAACCUCAUCUCAGUGAAAUUGGACCUUGUUUCUUGGAACAUCAAGAUGGCUUCUGGAUCUACUCUGAGUACUGCAACAACCACCUGGACGCCUGCAUGGAGCUGUCCAAGCUGAUGAAGGACGGCCGCUACCAGCACUUCUUCGAGGCGUGCCGCCUCCUGCAGCAGAUGAUCGACAUCGCCAUCGACGGCUUCCUGCUGACACCCGUGCAGAAGAUCUGCAAGUACCCGCUUCAGCUGGCCGAGCUGCUGAAGUACACUGCCCAGGACCAUAGUGACUACCGCUACGUGGCUGCCGCCCUGGCUGUCAUGAGGAACGUCACGCAGCAGAUCAACGAGAGGAAGAGGAGACUGGAGAACAUAGACAAGAUCGCACAGUGGCAGGCUUCCGUCCUGGACUGGGAGGGGGAUGACAUUUUGGACAGGAGUUCAGAGCUGAUUUAUACCGGCGAGAUGUCAUGGAUCUACCAACCAUAUGGGAGGAGUCAACAGAGGGUCUUCUUCCUGUUUGACCACCAGAUGGUUCUGUGUAAAAAGGACUUGAUACGCAGAGACAUCCUGUACUACAAAGGCCGCAUCGACAUGGACAGGUAUGAGGUGGUGGAUGCCGACGAGGGCCGCGACGAGGACUUCAAUGUCAGCGUGAAGAACGCCUUCAAGCUGCACAACAAGGACACAGAGGAGGUCCACCUCUUCCUGGCUAAGAAGCUGGAGGAGAAAAUCAGGUGGCUCAGGGCUUUUCACGAAGAACGCAAAAUGGUGCAAGAAGAUGAAAAAAUUGGGUUUGAAAUUUCUGAAUAUCAGAAGCGACAGGCUGCCAUGACAGUCCGGAAAGUAACCAAACAGAAAGAUUCAUUUGUAGAUAUCAUCUUGAGAAAGAUGGACAAUUUAUAUGGACAUGGUGUAGGCCAAAGCAGGUCCAUGCCCCCUUCGUAUCCACCUCCCCAGGACCCCAUGAACCCAGGACAGUACUUGGUACAGGACAGUUCGGCACAAUCCCAGGUCUUUGAAUUUAACGAGCCCAGAAGGAGCCAGUCCCCCUUCUGGCAGAACUUCAGCAGGUUAACACCAUUUAAAAAAUAGAGGAAUUCUGACGUUUUUAAGAAGGAUCUACUUAUUUUUUUGAGAAGCACUAGACAACAAAUGACUUAAUGACCUAUUAAGAAAAAAAAA